AUGUACAAUCUCUCACUCGUUGGCCCCGGUUGGUGUGUCGUCGAGCGCCAGACGUUCUGGAAGCUGCAGAGCACAUCGUUACUCCCGCUUAAUGUCAUUGAAAGCCCUCUCAAUACCAGUUUUGUCCUUGCCAUUACAGCAUUGCUGACUCUACCUCUGAUCCUCGCUGCUCGCAAGCUGCUUACUGCGCGAUGCCACCUGCGAGACUUUCCCGGCCCCUUCUGGGCAGCAUACACUCGCCUCUGGCUCUGCAAGACGCUUGCUUCCGGCAACUCGGCGCAAAUCUUUGUCAAUAUCAAUCAUACGCACGGAUCCAUUGCUCGUGUCGGGCCAAACCACCUUGUCACCAGCGACCCAGACUUGACGCGACAGAUCCUCGCUGUCGGGACUACAUGGCGACGCGCACCGUCGUAUGACGCAUUGCGCAUCGAUCCGCGCGUGUCCAACAUUGUAUCUGAGCGGGACCCGCGCGUGCACAAUGCCAUGCGGCGCCGCAUGGCGCCUGGCUACGCAGGCAAAGACAUACAGGGUCUCGAGCAUGCCGUUGACGAGCGGAUCGGCGCGUUUAUAUCCCGUAUAGAGGAGCAAUGGGUAUCAAAUGCAAGAAUGACAAAGUUCUUUGACAUUGCAAAGAGAAUUCAAUUCUUCACCCUAGACACAAUCGCGCAUCUCUGCUUCGGGAAGCCACUGGGCUUCGUUGAGUCCGAUCUGGAUAAACACAACUUUAUUGCAACCCUAGAAGAGCAAUUACCAUUUCUACAGUAUUUUCUGGUUAUACUGACACUGAACACGGUGUUGAGAUGGAUUGCUGCGGUGCCUUGGAUAUCUCGAAAGGUUAUUGACGAUCGAUUAAAUGAGAGCGAGAAGCCUCAGUCUGACAUGUUGGGCUCAUUUCUAAAGCACGGACUUGGUCCUGACGAAGCCGAGAUGGAGAUGUCCAUUACACUUAUCGCCGGCUCCGACACCACAGCCACGGCUCUUCGUGCGAUAUUGCUCUCAAUCAUUUCAACGCCGACGGUUUAUCAGCGCCUGAUCAAUGAGAUUGACGCUGCCGAAGCUAAAGGACACUUAUCCCAUCCCGUUAGAAACUGCGAAGCCCAGAAGCUGCCAUACUUGCAGGCCGUCAUUCGUGAGGGUCUCCGUCGGUUCCCGCCCGUUACCCAGCUCCGUGAGAGAGAAGCGCCACCCGAAGGUCUUCAGCUGCCCGACGGCCGUCACAUCCCCGGCGGCACCUUUGUCGGUCUCAAUGCAUGGGGCACGCAGUUGAACCCCGUCUUUGGUGCCGACGCCCAUGUGUUUCGGCCCGAGCGAUGGCUUCCGGAGAGCUAUGAUGAUGAUGAUGAUGAUGAUGGGGGUCAGCGUCUGGCGGCCAUGUCCAAGGUGCACGAGCUCAUCUUUGGUCAUGGCAUGACACGAUGUCUCGGCAUUUCCAUUGCCAUGAUGAAUAUCAACAAGAUGUUGGUAGAGGUAAGCUUUGUCCCAGCUGUGUAA